AUGGAGCCUCUGAAUUUUACCACCACGGGGUCCGAAAACGGGGCCAAGCUUCUGCCAUGCUCGACGACUAUUUCCUCCUCCAUCUCCGUCAACAAGGACAACGCCGACUCGUCCGUACCCUUGACUUCAACCGACCCCAAGAAGCCUUCCACUCGUGCUCACGCCCGCAUCCUUUCUAUCCCGGCUGUUAUUGGCUCCGUCACUAAUACCAGGAGCCGGCAUGCAGAGCCAGGCACUUCCGACAUCCACCCCGCGAGAGCCAGCCUGCCCACAACCGCGCACGGCUCAAUCCAGCUAACGAGCACACGAGCGCUUCUGGCACAUUCUCGUCGCCAAUCCACCACUUCUGCCACUUCCACAGACGACAGCCCUGCCCCUAAAUUCCACCACGAUUCGGAUGCCCAGCGAACCCGUCUCGCCACCAUCGACGACCCAGCCCGCUCCAGCGCUACUCUCGUCACUCCUCAGAGGCCUCCUCGGUCCCAGUCUGACUCUCGUCGCCUUUCAAAUAAUUCCAUAUAUUCGCUUGCUUCUGCCAGAGGUAUCAUAAAUUCUUGUUCCCAAGGCAUAGACAAGAGAGCCACUGCACGCUCCGCUUCGGCCAGUCUCAUGUCGUCCGUCAAGGGCUCCGGCUCCGGCCAGUCAGAAAGCGGUGUCUCCAAUGUCACCGUUACUACGUCCUCCAAUUCACAAGCCACUGGUCCUGCCGGGCCUCAGCUGACACCCCGAGACCCUCACUCGCAGCCGCUGGACAUGAUGCGACGCCCUCAGCGGGCCGAGACAAUGCGUACGCAGCCAGACCGCUCCCGCAGCAGGGUAAAGCGACGCUUCAGCGGCAGUACUGCCAACAGCAGCCAUAGCCCUAGCAGUGACAGGGGUAACCAUCACUACAGAGAAGAAGCCAAACCCGCGCAGUGGGGUGUCAUUGGCAUCUGCGCCCUCGACAUUAAGGCGCGCAGCAAGCCGAGCCGCAAUAUCUUAAAUCGCAUCAUUGCUAAUCGAGAAUUCGAUGUGGUGGUAUUCGGAGACAAAGUUAUUCUUGAUGAAGAGGUUGAAAAUUGGCCAAUUUGCGAUUACUUGAUAUCGUUUUAUUCCGAUGGCUUUCCACUUGAAAAAGCUAUUGCCUACGUCAAGGCUCGGAAGCCGUUUUGCGUCAAUGACGUACCAAUGCAGCAGAUUCUGUGGGACAGGCGUAUUUGCCUGCGUUUACUUGACAAAAUCCAUGUCCGCACGCCAAAGCGUCUCGAAGUUAGCCGCGACGGUGGUCCAAGUCUGCUCACAGCCGAGGUUGCAAAGUAUAUCAAAGAAGUCUCUGGGGUUUCUCUUGAACCCGUUGAUCCGACCAAGACAGCGACUCCGAAACUGGUCGAGCUUGUUGAUAAUGGUGACGCGCUUAGUGUUGAUGGCGUGGUCUUGCGGAAACCAUUCGUCGAAAAACCUACCAGCGCAGAGGAUCACAAUGUCAUUAUUUACUUUCCAAAGAGCGCCGGCGGUGGUGCAAGGAAAUUGUUUCGCAAAAUUGGCAACAAGAGCUCCGAUUUUGUUGCCGACCUCGAUACGCCUCGCUGUAUCACUGAACCGGAAAACAGCUACGUUUAUGAAAGCUUUAUGCAAGUUGACAACGCUGAAGACGUUAAAGCAUACACCGUUGGCCCGACCUUCUGUCAUGCUGAGACUCGAAAGUCGCCUGUCGUUGACGGUAUCGUUCGACGCAACACCCACGGCAAGGAGUUGAGAUAUGUCACUGCCUUGAGCACCGAAGAAAGAGACGUGGCAGGCAAGAUCUCGACUGCAUUUGGUCAGCGUGUUUGUGGGUUUGAUCUCCUUCGGGCUGCGGGCAAAAGCUAUGUCAUUGAUGUCAAUGGUUGGAGUUUUGUGAAAGACAAUGAAGACUACUAUGAGCAUUGUGCCAGUAUCUUGAAGGAUAUGUUUAUCAAGGAGAAACUCCGACGACUGUCUCUAACGCCUCCUCUUCCGUCGCCAACCGUUUCAGAUGUUGAUUCCAUGUCAAAGACCACGGCAUCGAUCAAGGAAAAAGAGUUGCAGUCUGCCAAUACAUCGCAAGCUACCACAGCCUCGCCCGCUCCCACUGGCGAACCAGAAUCAGCCGUUACAACUGCACCACACUCAACAUUCGCUACAUCGCUUCCGAUAUCCGACAGUGCACUGACUUCGGCACUUCAGAGCACCAUAACAAGUUUGCACCUUCCACCUCCUGCGUCAGAUCCGACUCUUCCGGUUCCAGCGGCCGCCGCUUCUUCGGCACCCGGGUCCGUCAAGUCUACAACGACAGCCAACACCUCCGGUCACCAAGUUCCCAUCGACGAGAAUCCUCCUGCCGUUCCUCCCCCAAAACACUCAUGGAAGUUAAAGGGCAUGGUUUCGGUGAUUCGACAUGCCGACAGAACCCCGAAACAAAAGUACAAGUUUACAUUCCACACAGAGCCAUUUAUUGCUCUCUUAAAAGGACACCAAGAGGAAGUUUUACUCAUUGGUGAAGCUGCAUUGGCUAGCGUCAUGCAAGCUGUCGACAUUGCGUUUGAGCAAGGUGUCGAGGAUCGCGGAAAGCUCAAGUCUUUGCGAAACGUACUUGUCAAGAAAGGCAGCUGGGCUGGAACAAAGGUUCAGAUCAAGCCCAUGUUCCGUAAAAAGAAGACUGAUAAAUCUGCCAUGAGCCUCCCCAAUGUCAACGAAGAGGAAGAAUCUGCAGCUCAGGGUGAUUCUGACCACGUGGCCGAGAACGGAACCCACCGCGUAUCGCCACGCAGACACGACUCGCUCUCCGGUGUAACCAUGUCCAAGUUCACGGCUGCCGAGGAAAGCCUAGUGCUUGACAAGCUGCAACUCGUUAUCAAAUGGGGCGGCGAGCCUACCCAUUCAGCUCGAUACCAAGCGCAAGAGCUGGGUGAAAAUAUGCGCAACGAUCUCAUGCUCAUGAAUAGAGAUAUUUUGGAUGAGGUGCACGUCUUCAGCAGCUCAGAGAGACGUGUGACGGCGAGUGCCCAGAUCUGGGCGGCAUCUUUCCUUGCGCAAAAAGAAAUGCCCGAGGAUUUCAUCACUGUUCGCAAAGACCUAUUGGAUGACUCGAAUGCCGCCAAGGACGAAACCGACAAGGUGAAGAAGAAGCUCAAGGGAUUGCUGCGCAAGGGCAAUGAACGUCCCGAGCAGUUUGCCUGGCCUGAAAAUAUGCCAGAACCUUCCGAGGUGCAGACACGAGUGGUGCAGCUCAUGAACUUCCAUCGACGAGUGAUGCAGUACAAUUAUGGCAAACUCUACAGCGGUGCAGCCACUUCUCUCGGUGCCAUUUCGAAUCCUAGCACUGAAAAACUCAAUGGCGAAAGCUCUAGCGCAUCUAUUUCUUCGGCGCUUUCGCACGCGAAUGCUGUAACUAGCAUCCAGUCCAGAUGGUGCUCGGGCGAGGAUGCGGAGCUUUUCCGUGAGCGCUGGGAGAAGCUCUUUUCCGAAUUUUGUGACGGUGAAAAGGUAGACCCGAGCAAGAUAUCCGAGCUUUACGAUACGAUGAAGUUUGAUGCCUUGCAUAAUAGGCAGUUUCUUGAAUGGGUAUUCACGCCUCCCAAGGGCAUGUUGGAGGAAGAAUACGGCACCAAGGAGCGUUCCAAAGAUGGCGAGGACGGCAAGGAAAGCAAGGACAGCAAGGAAAGCAAGGACAGCAAGGACAGCAAGGCCUCGGAAGAUGCCAAGGGCGCCAAUUCUGACAACUCUGACAAGUCUGAUCAGAGCAAUCGCUCUGUUCGCAAGCUGUUUCGCAGACGUUCGUUCAUCAACAGCGUUAGGGGAUCAAAUGAUGAAGCGCAACCCGAGCAGUACUUUCGCUUGUACAAGGGCACCAACCAGGCGGCAACAAAGUCUGAUCCUCGGCAUGAGCCCCUCCAGGAACUUUAUAGACUUGCGAAAAUUCUCUUUGAUUUUAUUUGCCCGCAGGAAUAUGGCAUUUCCGACAGCGAGAAGCUCGAGAUUGGUCUUUUGACAUCGCUGCCGCUUUUGAAAGAGAUUGUCCAUGAUUUGGAAGAGAUGCAGGCUUCUAACGACGCCAAGUCCUUUUUCUACUUCACCAAGGAAUCUCACAUCUACACGCUUCUUAACUGCAUCAUCGAAGGCGGGAUUGAGACGAAGAUUAAGCGCAGUACUAUCCCUGAGCUAGAUUAUCUCUCGCAGAUUUGCUUUGAGUUGUACGAGUCGGAGGUGACGCCACCUGCUGGAAGUGUAGCGGACGACGAGCCCGCAUUCACAUACAGCAUUCGUAUCACCAUCAGCCCUGGAUGCCAUGUGUUUGAUCCUCUACACGUGCAGCUUGAUAGCCGACACUGCAUUGGGUGCGCGCCAAGGCGUAGUCUAACGGCUCAUCAAGACUGGCUGCAAGUGAUUAAGACUUUGCGGGCCAAAUUUACUCAGGUCAAAUUGCCAAAGACGUUUUUGGCGGUGAAUCUGUCAGAGGCAUUCGACUUUGAAGAAAACGACAAACUCUUUGCCGAUGAUGCCCCUCUCGAAAUGAAGGCAACGACGCCCAAGGAACCCGUUGUCCUGGACAUGACAGACGUGGCCGCUCCCUUUAGCGAAGCUGAAGUCAGGAACGGCGGUGAAACACCUACAUCAAAGCAAGAUGCACCGCAGUAG